GCUGUUGAAGCAUGUACAGACAUUGAUGCGGUGAUAGUUUUUUUUCUCUCUUCAAAUUCGCAACACAAGCAAGUUUCGUAUGCGAGACUCAGUUGAGUGUGCCGCUUCGAAGUAAAUACAUCUUAUUUGGAUACAAGUUUUUUUCUUCUCCAAACAAUUCCAGUUGCAAUGGCAGCAUUUCAAGCGAAAACUGAUCGAAAGCAAAUUUCGAUCGCAUUAAAUCUCAUCAAAUUUGAUUGCAUCCAAUUGUACAAACGAUUCUAUGCGAAGAAAACACAACUCAAACGGGCCAUUGAAUUGUACGAAGAAUUUAUGAGCGAUGACAUAAACACACUGUUCCAGUGCAACAACAGAUUUAGUGAAAUUGUGUUGAACCAUCAAAAGAAAUUCCAAACAUUCAUCGAAACAACAACCACACAGAUUUUUGGCGAAGAAAUUUCACAACCGAAUGAAACUGUUGCCGAUGACAGUGUCUAUGUGCUGUUCAUCUCUCUACAGGAAUGGUUCACACAAGGACUCAAAGGUCAACAAUUCUGUUUUAUGAUUGACAUCGAUUCGUUCAAUUUGACACAGCUCAUGGACUUUCAGAACUUUUCAAUCGCAUCACACAAGACAGACGAUAUGAACACAAAACCGACUUGCAAUGGCUUUGAAAAUGCUGACAAAAGAGCCAAAAUUGCGGCCACUGAUUUCGUACAUGAAACCUUUAUCUGUUUCAAGGGCAACAAACCGAUCGAUUGCAAUAAUGGCACGCGAAACAACGUCAAACGAAUUCAAUAUUUUUUGAAAAAGAAAGGGGACCACGGUAUUUCGCCGGUAAAAUGUGUGUUCCUGUUGCUGAAACGCUUGUUUUAUGGUGUCACUCUCAGUGAGAGCUGCGAUUCAAAUGCAAAUUCGUAUAGAAGCAAUGUUACUGUGAACUAUGGUGUAACAUUCAGUGCAACAAGCAAAACAUCACUAAAUCACGCACGAGAUUUGGCUUCGGUUCGGGCACUCCAAAGUCUUUGUGUCAUCGAGAAUCAAUUCGUUCAACAGAAGCGCAACGACCAUUUUCCAUCGAAUUUUGCUAACGAAAUUCAAAAAUUGAUUAGAGACGCUUUUCAGAAGCAUGCUCAACAAGUCGAUUUGCACAAUAAAUCCAACGUUUUGGCUGGUAUUAUCCAAACGGAUCUGACUGACAUAAGUACAGCCAAAGUGGUUGUUCUUUCAACGGGCACCAAAAAUAUCGACGCCGAUGCGCUCUACGCACAAGAUGCCAACUUACCCGACACACACGCCGAAGUCGUAGCAAGACGAUGCCUUAUGUUCUACUUCUACCAACAGCUUGAAAUGUUUUUCGAACCAGGCAAAUCUCAUCAGUCGAUUUUUGAAGCAUCACCACUUGGCUCCCGUAUCAAGUUGAAAGAAAGUAUUCGAUUGCAUUUAUAUAUCAGUAAAGGUCCUUGUGGCGAUGCAACUACCUUCGGGAGUGGUGGAGCAUCACCAACACACCCAGAUCGUGGUAUGCUGCGGGCAAAAGUGGAAAAAGCCGAAGGAAACAAAAAGCUGACUGAAUUGUCAGAGACCCAAAACGGUUGUAAUUUGCAGCAUCGCCCACUUUACACAAUCACCUGUUCGGAUAAAAUCGCUCGGUGGAACGUUGUUGGCGUUCAAGGAGCAUUGUUGUCGCGAAUCAUUGAGCCGAUUUACUUCGAUUCGAUUAUCCUGGGAAAGCCACUUUCGAAAGACCACAUUACACACUCAUUUUACGGUCGAAUCGAAAAUUCAAUUGGGUGUUUACCGCGGUUUUAUUAUCAUAAUAAACCGCACAUUGCAUUCACUGAAUCGGGCCAUCGCAGUACACAUCAUGGAGCGCCGGCGUAUUCAUACAAUUGGAUUACAGGCAGCGACCGUGUCGAAGAAGUUGAAUCGAAAACGGGCAAAUUGAAAAACCACAUUGGCAUUUCGCGGCUGUCAAAACGAAGUCUUUUCCAUAAAUUUUUGAACAUAAAACAGAAAUUGCCCGACAUCGAUCGCACCCGUGGACCCGAUAAGUUGCUGUACGUAAAUGAAAAGGCAAUGGCUGAAGACUACCAGGAUGCAAAGGAGGCGUGUAUUCAGGCAUUUAAUCGCUUGAAAUUGGGUAACUGGAAAUACGUACAAAAGCCACCGGAAAUCGAUCGAUUCUAUGACACCGACUAACAUCCAACUUUUGACUGUAAUCACAACGAGCUUUGUUUGCCGUUAUUUACAAACUGUUAAUCAACGUCCAAAAAUCAACAUCGUCUAAAUAUGAAUUUUAAAUGACCAACACGUAACGUAACGUAACUUGAAUAUAAAAUGUAAAGCAAUUUUUGCUCACUCUCUCUUUCGACCGAGAUUAUACGAAAACUUUUGUUUGAGAAAAUAAAUAAAUAUCUUGGACAAGGUAGAAAGUAAGAAA